AUGAUGCAAGACUUAAUGUACUACAAUAUUAAUUACUGGUGCAAACUUCACUUCAACACAGAAGUAAAGUGUGAUUCAGUGGAUAACAACAUAAGUAAGUGUUUUAAUGCAUGGAUCUUGGCAGCUAGGCACAAGACCAUUAUUUCCAUGCUUGAAGAAAUAAGAGUAAAGAUGAUGACAAGAAUAGGCACUCUAAGGGAGUUUUCAAAUACCUGGUGUAGUAAUUACUCACCAAUGUGGUUGAAUAUUUUAGAGAAGAACAUCAACAGGGUUAUGGAUUGUACCAUUGAGUUUAAUGGAGUGACUGGUUUUGAAGUGAAAGAAGGGCUUUGUCAACACACAGUGGAUAUUGUCAAGAGGACAUGUAGUUUUAGGUUGUGGCAGUUAAAGGGCAUACCAUGUGCACAUGGUGUGGCUGCACUAUUGUUUAAGAAAUACCUCUUGUAUGACUAUAUUGACAGCUGCUACAGUAACGAAACAUACUUGAGGACUUAUGCCAAUGUUCUUAAACUAUUAAAAAACAUGGAAAUGUGGCCUGUUUCAUCAAACAUUACUGUUGCACCACCUGAAAUUAGUACCUUGCCUGGAGGCCAUCUAAGUCUAGGAAAAAGGAAGCUAGAGAAACAAAGAAAUAUGGAAAAUUGCCAAGAACUAGACUAG